AUGCCCAUCUGUAUCGAGUGUCGCUAUCCGACUACCCAACUCUAUACCGAGUACUCCGGAGGAUCAACUGGUCAUGGAGUACGAUUAACCGUUUGUAAGAAUUGUGGACGAUUUUGCGAUAAAUAUGUUGAGCAUGAUUUUGUGGUUUUGUUUAUUGAUUUGGUUUUGAUUAAGCCGCAGGUUUAUAGACAUUUGUUGCAUAAUACUUUAAUGAGAGAACAUGAUCAAUUUGACCCUUCCAUAAUCCGUCUCGGUGUCCUUCUCCUCCUCUUCGAUGUCUACCUAACAUGGGCACGUAUCGAAAAGCAAACUUCCGUGCCCAUUUCCGCUCCAAUCGAAACAGAUAAUACGAAUUUCCUCCGUCUAGCCGCUCAACCCAUUGUAUUCCAAUACGUGUUCUUUCUGAUCCUCUGCGCGCUCUCAACCCUAAGCUUUCACCUCUCUAUCCGCUUCCUCACAUCCUCGCCACUUUCGCCUUUAGUAUUCCUCGGUCUCCUGCCAAAAUACACACGUCCGAAUUCCGUAUCUACAGCGCUACUAGUCUCGUCUUCUACAAAAUUAUUCCCUAUUUUGAUGGUAAUAUGGGAGUAUGACGUACCGGCUGCUGCGAGAAGUUUAGGAUGGGCUGUCGUUGCGAAUAAUGUGGAGGCUUUGAAAAUAUUACUGGAUUGUGGAUAUGGGACUGCAGCGAUAUUAGCGACGGUUGGAGCAAUUAGUAGGUGGAUGGUUGGGAGGGGGAUACUUUGGGCGGUGGGCUUGGACGGGGUUGACACCGUUGGGGAUUCAGGGGUAGCGGCUGAUGGAAAGGCGCUUUGGGCGGUAGUGGAACUGGGUAGAGAAUGGGGUGGAAGGCUGGGCUUGGGGUGA